AUGACUGAUAGAUUAACUCAACUCCAGCAAUGUUUGGAUCAAAUAAUGGAACAGUUUGGUUCUGCCAUUAAUUAUGUUGACCGUAAUCACGAUUUUGAACCACACAAUGAGCUGGAGGACAAACAUACAGAUCCGCAAGCUACUAUAGCUACCCAAGAAGAUUUUGACAGAAAUAUUGACGAGUUGACCACUGAUAUGAUAUUGAAAACACGGCAAAUUAUCAAACUUAUAGAUUCUCUUCCCGGUGUGGACGUAUCAGCUGAGGAACAGUUGCAUAGAAUCGAUGCAUUACAGAAAAAACUGGUUAGUGUUGAAGAAGCGAAGAUUGAGGCUAUAAAGCGUAAAGAUACACUGAUGAAAAAUGUGGAAGAACUUAUUGGUGAGUUAGCUAAGGGGAUCGCUAAUUCCAGGAGAUUGAACGAUGCCCAAUCAUAA